AUGUCAACCCAAGCAGAGGUACAAGCCAACACAGUCCAGCGCUUCAUUGACGGUUGGAGGAAAUACACGCCCGAAGCAUUCCUCGCCACCUGGUCCAGCGACUGCACGCAGCAGACUUUACCAUUCGCCUCCGGCACACCAGUCCGCACUCGCCAGCAUGUCGAGCACUUAUUCCCUAUCCUCAUGACGGUCAUGACCGAGUUUGAACUUACCAUCCAUAACGUCGUCCAUGACGUCCCUCAGGGACAGUCAGUCAUCUACGCGCUCACCAAGGCACAGUUGCCGUUCGGACCGUACCGCAAUGAGCAUGCUCUGUUCCUGUGGUUCAAUGAGAGCCGCACCGAGAUUGUGAAGAUCGAGGAGAUGUUCGAUGCGGUUGUCAUGAAGGAGGUGUUACCCAAGCUUGAUCAGUAUAUAGCUCAGCAGAGGGCAGAGGUGGCGGAAGCUCGAGGGCUACCGCUAGAAGCGCAGAAGCCGGCGGUCGCUACGUUUGUGAACCAUUGA